AAUUUAGUAAAUAAUGUUUACACCCAUAAAUAUUUAUUUAUAUACAUAUCCAGGUCACCUGUUUACUUUUCAUUUGGAUAUAUAUUAUUUAUUUCUCGGUCAAAUAACUAAAUUGCUUCUUAAACUUUAGAAAUGAAAAACGCUCUCAUAUUGUUUCUUUUCGGAGUAACAAAUAUAAAAUUUGGAGGAGCCUGGGAUUACUGUAGAAACAAUGGUGAAAAUGGAGGUUAUAUCUAUUGUGAGACCGACUGUUGUGGAUCCUGGCCGUAUGAGAAAUGUUGCGAUGACAGAGCAUGGCUCGGUUGGGCAAUAGCUGGAGGGGUCAUAGGUGGAAUACUUCUGAUAAGUUUAAUUGUAUGUGUCGUCUGCGUCUGUAUAAAACAAAACGGGAAGACAGGCCGAAUUGUACAGCCUCAGCCAGUAUCAACGGUUUCAUACAUUACAAACAACCCACAGAAUCAAGCAUUCCAAACACAAUACGUAACAAUUGGCUUUUCACAACAAUCUUCUGCACCGGGUCAACCUCCGCCAGCGUAUCCUUCAGCACCGGACCUGCUUCCUGCAUAUCAUUCCGCACCGGACCUGCCCCCAGCAUAUCAGUCGUUAUACGGACAACAACAACAACAACAGCAUCCGCCUCCGCUUCCCCCGUCAUUACAAGGGCGGCAACAGCAACAGCAACAACAAAAUACUCUAACACCUAUAGGUUUUGAAGGACGUUGAUUUUAUUUUAACCAUGUAAUAAAUCUUGCUUUGAACUUAUAAGCGUCUUUCGAUCAAUUGCUUAUUUACCAUAAGAAUAAAUAAAGACAAUAAUUUAAA